AAUGGUGUCAAAGCAGAGACUCAGACCGGCCAGUGCAAUACACGGUUACAGAUUAAGGUGGGGCAGGGAGAAAGAGAGAGAGAGAGAGCGUGAGCGGCAAGAAAGACAACACAGAGAGAAGCAAGAGGCUGCUCCAUCACCCUGCAUCCCAGACACUCACACCCAGUAUGAACAUGUCCAGCAGUUCUGCUCUGAUCCAGCAGAUCUAUCCCUUCCAUGAUGGCUGGAAUGUUGCCUGCUUCAUCAUUCUCCUCCUCUUCAUCCUUACCAUCCUCUCCCUCGCCACACUGGCUUUCCUCUACGAGCUGCUGGACUGCGGAUGCUUCACCAAAACUAAAACGGUUCGAGACCUGCGCCGCCAGCACGAAGAGGUGGUUUAGUUGUAACCAUGGUGACAGCGGACACGGUCUCCAAAGGAACCACAACAGUAGAUUGGUGGAAAAGGCUGCAAAUUUGGACAGAGCUCGUCGCCAGAAUGGAGUCCUUUAAAAACAUGCCAGAUAUGUACAGAGACAGAAGCACUCUACUCCCAUUUGCUCCAACAGCAAUAGCACAGGUGUCUUAAUGGCUUAAAAUAUUAAAUGAGAUUUACACCACAAAGAGAGGAAAUAUUUGCUUGUGUGUGCACGCCAUUGUUUCCUUUGCAUAUAGCCAGUAUUCCAGUACUGUUGUGUAAUGAGUCGACUAUAUAAAACCGUUGAAUAUUUUCAGAUGUGUUUACAUGAAUAUUUCCCUUAGUGUGGGAUGACAAACAGUUUACAUGUCAGCAUUGUGGAAUUCAGAAGCUACAUACAGUAUUAAUUGACUACUUAAAGCAAACAUUAACACACUACAGUUGGAGUAAAGGGAACGUUUGUAUGUGUAUAUUGACAUUCACUGUUAGAUGAGAUUUAAUGUGAAUAAUUGUUAUGUAUAAUAAUAGUUCUAUAUUCAAAAGCAAACUAAAGGCCAAUUAUUGCAUCUUUGCAAAUGCCUUAAAAUUGUGUAUUUAAAUUAUGUAAUAAAAAUCAUAAGCACAAAAAA